AUGGAGUUCCGCAACGCGUCGAUGUCCGAGGACUUCAAGCGCGGGGACAUCGCGAAUCGAAAGACCGAGGUCGGGUUCGCGGCCGCGAAGGGCGAGGCCGUGGAGGCGCUGUUCAAGGAGCAAACCGUGGGGCUGAAGACGAAGGAUGAGUUCUCGAGUAAGCGCAAGGAGAUCGAGGACGAGCUCGCGGCGCAGAGAGCGCUCGCGGAGAAGGCGAAGGCGGCGGACGACGUCGAACGCCUGGAGAGGAGACGAAAAAAGAGCAAAAAAGCGAUACGCGCCGCGACGUGCAAGCUGUCGUUCGACGACGACGAGGAGGACGGCGACGAGGGUGGUAACGGUAACGACGGCGGCGUUAACGCCCCCGACGCCGCGGGCGGCGGCAAGUUCGGCAAGCUCGGGAAGAACCCCGCGGUGAAGACGGACUUCCUCCCCGACCGCGAACGCGAGCUCGAGGCGACGCGAGAGGCGAUCAGGAUGAAGGCGGAGGCGAAGGACGCGAUCAAGGCCAAGCUCGAGACGGAGUUCGAUCUGCACUUCGCGUACUGGAUGCCGCGGGGGAACUUGAUGCAGGACGUGAAGAAGAUGCGACACUCGAUGAGGGUCAAGUACGGCGACACCGUGGGCGACUUUUUGGACAAGUUUAGGGACGAGCAUCACAGAGAAUACAGAGAGCUCGCGCACGUCACGGGCGCACAGUGCAUGUUCGCGAAAGAAGGUCUGAUCAUCCCGCACCACCACACGUGGUUCGAGCUCGUGCAGACCGGGUGCGUGAUCUUCGGGAAGAACGUGUUCGCGGACCUGGAUAAGCCGCCGAAAGAGGAGGAGGAGAAGGAGAGGGAGAGGGAGAAGAACGAGAACGCCGCCGACGGCGACGACGAGAAAAAAAAAGACGCCGCGACGAGGGAGAAGGACGACGCCGUCGCCGGGGGCGUCGCGCCGACGCAGUCCGCGGCGAUGGAGUCUCUCAAGAUAUACUCCCUCCUGGACGUCGGAUGCGUGUUAGAUCGCAGGUGGUUCGAACAGAACCGAAAGACGUUUCCGAUGGUGAAGUGGGAGACGUACGACGCGACGAAGGACUACCGCGUCGCGUUCGUCGGCGACUCGGGGCCGGCGGUGGUCAACACCGAGCACGUGAGCUGA